UAGCGUACCUACCCAUCUCUUUUAUCACCGACGACAUACUUACCUAGAGGCGGCUAGCGCUAACACAAGGAAAGUAAAAUGGGUUCCUUCUCCAUUGUGUCCCAGUUUUUCUUUAAUGUUGGGAUUUUAUCUUGGGAUAUCCUGCUUACGCUCUCCAAUCUCGUGAGGAGGAAGCGUCGCAUCGGACAUGUCACCCCCCAGGGCUGCCCAGGCUAUGGAGGGCACUGGCCCGAGUAUAGGCUUCCCAAAGAGACUGACUCCCGCUGCUCUUGCCCUGCACUUAAUGCAAUGGCCAACCAUGGCAUCAUCCCACGCAAUGGCCGCAACAUCUCGUUUGUCGACGUUGGCCAUCAUAUCCAGACAACAUACAACUUCAGUCCUACCUUCUGCUCAUUUGUGCCACACUUUGCCGCUCGCAUGCUCAAGAAAAGCUACGGCAAGGACUUGUUUGAUUUGGAAGAACUCGACCUACACAAUGGUAUUGAACACGACGCCUCUCUCGUACGCCUCGAUGCUGCUUUUCAGCCGGACCAAUCGAUAAAAUGCGUACCUUUUAUUGAGGAACUACUUAUGGCAGCGACUGGCAAGGACGAAAAUGACAACAUUGUUAUCACCACCAAAGAUCUCUCCAGGAUGCUCGGCAAGCGGCGUGCAGUCGCGCGUGCAGUAAACAAGGAGUUCUCUCUCAGCUUUUUCCACAAGAUCUUUGGAAGCACAAAUGCCGCGACCCUAGUCACUGUCUUUGGAGGCCGUGUGAACGACCUUCAUAGCUUCCUUCAUGAUGAACGACUUCCAGAAGGCUGGGAGUCGCACAUCCGCCAACCUCACGGAAUGACUCUGAUGCAAUUAAACAAGACCAUACUAGGAAUCGAGCUUGGUGUGCACGAGCGGGAUUGGGCAGAGACUGCGCAGGAGGCUGCAAAAUGUCCUGGAGUUUGAAAUCCCGCCCUGAAGCCGCUACGUACUUGGACGUGACGUUACCAACCUCACGCGUGUUGUUUCUCCCACUGAUUUGACCUUGACAUGUAGUACCUACCCUGAGGAAGAUUAUGAUAAGUUCAUUGCCUUUGAAUGUACAUUAAUGUUCUUGGACGUUUUACUCACGAUUGACAACAGAGAUUCCCAUU